CAUCGAGCGCCUCGAGACGGCUGAGCGAAUCGGUUCGUUCGGACAGUCUGUUUAAAUGAACCGGUACAUUGAAUCGUUCGACGAAGAGUUGCCAGAAGUAACUCAACGUGUCAUAUCGUCUUCCAGCAUUCAGCGCUUUACACAGCUUUACUCGCCGCGCUCACUGUCGAGUCAUUAACAAAUGCUUCGCGAAUCGGUUCGAACGAAUCACCCAACAAACGAUUCAAAGGAUGAUUCGUUUACGAAUCGGACACCAAUACUGUAUACUGCAUUCCUAUUAGGAGUAAUAUGGUAGUGUACCGAACUGAACAAAGCUGUGUAACCGCAUGUGUGAUAAGAUUGAACUCUCCAUCUAUCAUCUGCUUCUGAGGCGCUUCCAGAGGACUCGAUUCACUUCCAGAGGGAACGCAGCAGAGCGGUUCUCCUGCAGGUGCGGGGAAAGAGCUGAUGGGAUGGAAGUUCUCUAUGGAUAUCCAAACUAACAGCUCGAGCAGAUGAUACAUGACCAUCAGCAGAAAUAACUUUGGCGACUUCUGACAAACUGCAUCGUUUAACUGACUGACGUUUCCUCGAUAUUUGCCGUUAAUCUCAGAUCAUCUUCGGUUCCUCUGCGGUUCUGCUCAUCUUCAUGAAGUACGUCUGAUUUAAACUUGUGGAAAUACAUCGCGACAAUCCUCCGUUCAUCUGACGUGCGAAGGUGAAGGCACUCAGCGUUAUCCACUGCACAGGACUGGAAGAUGAAGCUCGCUGGAUUCAUGCUCCUCCUCAUCAAUUCAGCGGCCUCCAUCAAUCUCAAAUACAUCUCCAAGAGGAACUCAGUGGACGGCUGUAUAGACUGGUCUGUGGAUCUGAAGACGUACCGUGUGCUGGCCGGAGAGCCGCUGAGGGUCAAGUGCGCUCUCUUCUACAGCUACAUACGCACCAACUACAGCGUGGCCCAGAAUGCCAAGCUGCGGCUCAUCUGGUACAGAAACAAGGGCGACUCCGAGGAGCCCAUCAUCUUCUCGGGUCACCGGCUCAGUAAGGAGGGAGACUCCAUCUGGUUCCGCUCCGCAGAGAUGGAGGACAAUGGAUUUUACACUUGUGUGCUCAGAAACUCCACGUACUGUAUGAAGGUGUCCAUGUCUCUGACGGUGGAGGAGAGCGAGGAGGGACUCUGCUUCAGCAGCCGGAUACGCUACCAGGAGAACGCCGAGAUCACCAAGAGCAAAAUGAUCAGCUGCCCCGACAUCGACGACUACCUCGCACCCUACAAGCAGCCUAUCAUGACCUGGUACAAGGAGUGCCAGAGGAAAGAGUGGAGGAGCUCCAUUAUCAUCAACACCACCAGCCUCUGGAUCCCCGAGGUGCAGGAGGAUGAUGGAGGGAACUACACCUGCGAGCUCAAAUACGGCAGCAGGGUGGUGAGACGGACCACAGAGCUCAAAGUCACAGCGCUUCUUACAACUAGACCACCAAAAGUACUGUUUCCAUCAGAGAGACAAGCCAGCGUCAUCGAUGUCCAGCUCGGUGAGUCAACACACACACACACACACACACACACACACUCACACACACACACAGACACACACACACACACACACACACACACACACACACACACACACACACUCACACACACACACACACACACACACAUCAAGACGUGUGAGAUCUGGACCAGUCUGACAUGUAAAGCUGUCGAUGGGUUUGUCUGGAAGCACCGGAGACUUCCUGACCCUCACGCAGCAUCUCUGCUCCUCAGCUGGUUUGAUUCCUCCGUCACUGAUUCAGGACAGAGCCUGUUUCUUCUGAAAGGACGUGAGGAUCCGUCUGGACCGCCCAUCAUCUACUGGAUGAAGGGUAUCUCUGUGUGUGUGUUCCUGACGGUGGUCUGUUGUUCUGGUGUUGGACAGGAGCUGGAGGGACACAUACGAGAGAGCCAAGUCAGGCUGGUGAGGGAGUUCCUGGGGGAGAAGGAGGUGGAGCUGUCUCUGGUCUUUGAUGCGGUGGAGGAGACAGACCUGGGUAACUACACCUGUAACGUGGAGAACCACAUCGGCCGGGGGAGUGGGAGUGCUGUGCUGCAGAAGAGAGACGUCUACAGGCUGGAGCUGGUUGGUGGUCUGGGGGCUAUCAUGUUGAUUCUGGGGAUCUUCACAGCCAUCUAUAAGUGCUAUAAUGUGGAGAUCAUGCUGUGCUACAGACGUCACUUCGGCAGCGACGAGGCCGAUGAUGACAACAAGGAGUAUGACGCCUACCUGUCCUACACUAAAGUGGACCUGGAGUGUGUGGAGCGGGAGAUGAGCGAGGAGGAGCUGUUCGCUCUGGAGAUCUUACCAGACGUCCUGGAGAAACACUACGGCUAUAAACUCUUCAUCCCGCACCGAGACCUCAUCCCCAGCAGCACGUACAUCGAGGACCUGGCGCGGAGCGUGGAGCAGAGCAGGCGUCUCAUCAUCGUCCUGACCCCUGAGUUCGUGGCCCGUCGAGGUUGGAGCAUCUUCCAGUUCGAGCCGCGGCUGCACAGCAUGCUGGUGACGGGCGAGAUCAAGGUGAUCAUGAUCGAAUGCUCAGACCUGCGCAGCGUCAUCAACUACCAGGAGGUGGAGGACCUGAAGCACACCAUCCGGGCGCUGGUUCUCAUCAAGUGGAGCGGGCCCAAGAGCAGCCAGCUCAAGUCCAGGUUCUGGAAGCGUGUGCGCUACGAGAUGCCGGCCAAGAGGAAAGAGAGCGUGUCUCGCCGGCAGGUGCUGGACUCGGGCGAGCAAGGGCUGUUCGGGGACCUGCAGGCCGUGUCCACGGUGGCCAUGACCGCUACCUCGGCCUCGCUGGCGCCGGCUCACGUGGAGAUCCCGGACUACAACGAGCCGGGCCCGCUGCAGAUGCGCCACUUCUGCCGCGGCUACGAGUACGAGCUGCCCGCGCUCAGCGGCCGACACGUGUACUGCAACCUGCCCAUGACGCUGCUGAACGGACGGCCCGCGCUCAACGACAUCAAACCCAAGAAAGACAUUCACCUGGGCAGCCCGUUCGUGCCGCUGUCCGGACCAGAGCUCUCCAGUGACAUCUGGUAGAGCGCUCCGCCAAAACCAUCUCAUCCUUCCUUCCUUUAUCUGCAUGAGUUCAUCUUGUUAAGAUUACAGAACACAUAGGGCCAGUUUUACUAGCAGCUCAGCGCAAACCAUAAGCAGUGCUGUCAGGAUUUACUAAAGACACGCAGAAAGACAUGGUUCUUUUUGCACCUGAUUUUAUAGAGUAUGCAUUCACAGGAAGAAAUGUAUUAUAAUGAGUCAAGCGACUCAAAUUACUAAAGUUUGUGCUCAAAUUACCAUCAUUCAUGCCAUUAUUUAAGCCCUCCCCAUUUGGGUUUUUGUUGUUGCAGAGCGUGUUUAGAAAGAGAGAAUUAUUUCCACAUGUACUUUUUUAUUAGAAGCUAUUUGCACUAAAUGUAAACGCAAUUAGAUUCUAUUUACACCAAGUAAAAAAAGCAUAUUUUUUAGCGACAUGCUAUAGAUUCUUUUUACACUAUGUUAAAAUAGCAUUGUUACUUAUUGCAAAUAGUGACAAUUAUCUGCACCUCAGUAUUGUAAUACAUUAUGAAACAUUACGUAAUGAAUGUAAAUGAUCAUUUUUCAUUCAAACUAGUAAAUGGGACAAUAGACUUAUUGGGACAAUAACACCUACCUUAACCUUAGCCAAAAUACUUUAUUUUCUUCAUUUUUAUCCGGUGCGAUUUGAAAAGUUCAGCAAAACGGUUCAAACUUGGGUCAGUCGUGUCGAAAACAUGCACCUUACCAUCCACUGAAACCACCGAAGCCCGGUCACAUGCCGGUGGUCAGUGUUUGCUCUUCCUGUGAACAGACACUCAUAACUGAUUUUGUAUUGCCUGAAGAAAACGUUAUCUGCACAUAUUGCCAAGGCACGCUGUUUUUCAGUUGCUUUAGGGAAUAAAAGAUGACUGAACUAGGAGUCUAUGAGCAACAAAACAAAAACCAGUAGCAUCACAGUAAAUUCUAACGUUUAGUCAUCAAGGAAACUCAGAAACGGUUGUGUUUUGGGAUUCCUUGGUUUAGAGACCCCAGGUCCACUGCAGUUUCCGUUCUGACCAGAUGCCGUGAAGGUGUUGACGUUCUUCGGCCGGGAGAACCUCUCGCAGUCCUUCACGUUCUUUUCAACGCACUGUGGCUUCUUUAUUUCUUUCUUCUCCAUGUCCGUGUUCCUUCGUCAGCGUGUCGUUAGUAACCCAGAAGGUCACCUGCGAGGUUCUGGUUUAGCGCUCUCUGUUUUAGUAAAACUGGCCCACGAUGCUUUAUCUCGCUUUCUUCCAGCCUUUAGUGUUUUCAUACUUUGUUCAGACAGAUGAAGAGCUACUGAUAUUGUUUUCUUACUUGAAUUUCGAGGUGUUCUACUAUGUACAGUUAUUCCAUCCAGCACCGCGUCUGGUUUAUUUGAUCUUAUGACUUGGGUUGUUACAGCACAAUAAUGUAAAGACACAUCAGCUCUGAGCUUUAAAGAACAUGUUAUUUAUGCAAAUAAUUGUUAUUCGAGUCUAAUAAGCACACUGAUAUGGUUUGUAGCUAGUCGAGGAGGUAUUUACAUAUUUGAUACGGCUUAUCACUUGCCUUAUUUCGUUUGGCUGUUUUCUUCCUCAGAAUUCUGAUGUUUUUCAUACAUUACGGUUAGAUACAUCUGGUUUAUAUGGUGUAUCUGGUACUACAGAUCAAGCAUUUCAGUGCUGGUAAUGAUCAGUAUUGAUAUUUAUUAUCAUUUUAUUGACUUUGUAUGCAAUGCUGCCCUUUAGGAUGAAAGGUCACUCCAAUCGGUGAUUUGAUUUUGUAUACUCACGACUAGUACGCCGUUUUCCUCUUCAGAUGCAGUCCUGUGUGGAAGAGGACGGAUACGCGAGCUGUUAUUAUAUUCACAAACCAAGCAGCUUGUCCGAUUCACAGGUUUCUGGUUUUAGCAUAUACAUUAUUUGUAAUAUACCUUGCAAAAAUAACAAUUGUUAUCAGAGCGACAAAAUAAAUAAACAUAUGAGUAA